AUGUCGCUGACCAAGUAUGUGGCGUCGGCUCUGGGCAAGGCCUCGUUCCGCGAGGCCUGGGCCGCGGGCGGCUGGAAAGUGUUGAUCGACGGCAACCUGGCCGAGACGCUGGUGGAGCACGGCCCCAGCGCCGGCGACCCUGCGGUGCUUGUGGGCAUGGACCAACACGGCAACAAGUAUUUCGAGAAGAAGGGGGCGCAGUGGGUGCGCAACCGCUUUGUGGUGUAUGCCAAGGCCGACCACUGGCGCACGCAGGACCCCAGCUCGGUGCCACCCGAGUGGCACGGCUGGCUGCACUACAUCUCAGACGAUAAUGGGGUCAAUACGGAGUGGAAGGCGCCGGUGUAUGCCGGAGAGGCCAACGCGCAUCCCUCGCUGACGGGCGGCAAGGUGCACCAGCCCAAGGGCGCCUGGUCCAACCCCGAGAAGCUGAGCUGGAGGAAGUACCAGCCAUGGACGCCUGCCAGCGCUUGA